UUAAAUAAAUAUGAUGUUUUUCUUUGUUUGUAACCAAAAUAUUAAGAUAAAACUUGAAAAUACACAGAUUCAGUCAAAACUUUUUAUAUACGAUUGAAAUAACGAUUCUCUACCUUUCAUAGAUACCUACCUGAUGAUUCAAGACUUUCAAGUAUAUAAAUACUUGCCUCUUGAUGUUAUGAUCUCCAAGUAUAAUUUACUGUGUUCUUUGAAACCUAUUUAACAAUGUUGGGAAGCAAGCAAGUGCUUAAUUUCUCAGUCUCUCUCUCACAAACAUUUUUAUUAAUUCAUUUACAAAUUAACAUAUCUAAGUAUCUACUUUGUCUGUCUGUAUACAGAAGAUUGGAUGGCAAAAUCGUGAUUAUAAUAGGCGGGGCCAGUGGGAUAGGAGCCGAAUCCGCGAGGUUGUUCACUGACCACGGAGCUAAAGUGGUUAUAGUUGACGUACAAGAAGAGUUAGGCCAAAACGUGGCCGUUUCAAUCGGCAAAGAUAAAGCAAGUUUUUACCGUUGUGAUGUUACAAACGAGACGGAAGUAGAGAACGCCGUUAAGUUCACCAUCGAAAAACAUGGGAAGCUUGACGUUCUGUUUAGUAACGCCGGCGUCGUUCUUUUCAGCAAACCCGGCGUCUUGGAAACGCCGGGAAGCAUCCUUGAUUUGAAUCUUGAACGGUUUGACCGAACAAUGGCGGUCAACGUUCGUGGAGCGGCUGUGUUUAUCAAACAUGCGGCACGAGCCAUGGUGGAGAAAGGCACGCGUGGCUCCAUCGUUUGUACGACCAGCGUAACGUCGGGGAUUGGUGGUCAGGGACCUCAUGAAUACACGACGUCGAAGCAUGGGCUCGUCGGGCUGAUUAAAUCGGUUUGUGGCGAUUUAGGGAAACAUGGGAUUAGAAAACCGUUCGCGGUGGCGACGGGGAUGACUAGUCACGACGAGGAGACGGCGAAGCAGACGGAGGAGUAUUGCGAAGCUAAAGGGAUUCUUAAAGGUGUUGUGUUGAAAGCCCUCCACCUCAUAUUUAAGGGGUGCAGUCUUUACCCCUAG